UAUAAGCAGAUCCUCCGGCAAUAAAAAUAAUGAUCCAUUAAAAAUCGAAAAUAAUAAUGUCUCAUAGUGUAAUCCAUUCAAUAACCUAGAUUUUCCCUCGUCCCCAGAACUUACUCCUUCAAAAAAUCACUACUGCAACACACAAGAUCAUACAAGCCAAGAUAAUGGAAAUCGACCCACCAGAUCUACCAAUUCAAGAUUCUGAAACCCUAAUUUCUGAAACCCCCUCUUCUGAAAAUCAUUCUCCAGACCCACCAUCAGAAAACCACAUUGAAGACUCAAUAGAUGAUAAAGAGAUUACUGAAUCACUAAUAGACAAGUACAUUGAAGAUGAAGAAAAUGGAAACCCAUCACAAGAAACAACUCAAGUUGAAGAAAAUUCUGAGAACCCUAAUGAUGAAAGUGGUGAUCCGAUACUUCACUUAAAAAAACGUCGAAGAAGAAAGAAACAAUUUCCAGAGAUGAUUCCAUCAGCUGCAGCUGUUGAAGGACUACGUGUGUUACGUCCUCAUCAUAAAUCACCAUCAAGUGUUUAUUAUAGUGACAAAUUGAUGGACGAGAUUGUUCAUAUGCAGAUUAAUGAUUCUAAUUCAAAGAAUCGUAGACGAAGGAUUGCUGAUACUGCAAAAGAGGUAGAUGUUGAAGCUUUAAUUGCUAUUUCUGUUGGUUUUCCCGUUGAUUGUUUAAUGGAAGAAGAGAUUGAAUCUAAUGUAGUUUCAGUAUUAGGUGGUAUUGAACAAGCUAAUUAUAUUGUUGUUAGAAAUCAUAUAUUAGCUAAAUGGAGGUCCAAUGUUAGUUCUUGGAUUACUAAAGAACAUGUUUUUGAGUCGAUUAGGUCAGAACAUAAAAAACUAGUUGAUUCUGCUUAUAGUUUUCUUCUUCAACAUGGUUAUAUUAAUUUCGGAUUAGCAGCAGCAAUUAAAGAUGGGAGGUUGAAACAUCUGGGGGCAUCAGAAAAGGGGAAUGUAGUUGUUGUUGGUGCAGGACUUGCUGGAUUAGCUGCUGCGAGGCAGUUGGUAUCACUAGGGUUUACAGUUGUGAUAUUAGAAGGUAGAAAUCGUCCAGGAGGACGUGUGAGGACGAAGAAGAUGGAGGGAGAUGGUGUGGUUGCUGCCGCGGAUCUUGGCGGAAGUGUUCUUACUGGAAUUAAUGGAAACCCUCUUGGUGUUCUGGCUAGACAAUUAGGGUAUCCUCUUCAUAAGGUGCGAGAUAUUUGUCCGUUGUAUUUACCUGAUGGAAAAACAGUUGAUUCUGAAAUGGACUCUAGGGUUGAGGCUUCUUUUAAUAAGUUGUUAGACAGGGUUUGUAAACUACGCCAGGCUAUGAUGGAAGAUGUUAAAGAUGUGGAUGUUUCUUUAGGUACUGCAAUUGAAGCUUUUAGACGCGCUCAUAAAAUAGCCGAGGAUUCACAAGAACGAAUGCUUUUGGAUUGGCAUCUUGCUAACUUAGAAUAUGCUAAUGCUUCGUUGUUAUCUGAUCUUUCAAUGGCUUACUGGGAUCAGGAUGAUCCAUAUGAGAUGGGUGGGGAUCAUUGUUUUAUUCCUGGAGGCAACGGAAGAUUUGUUCGUGCUCUUGCGGAGGAUCUUCCAAUCUUUUACGAAAAGACAGUAGAGAGUAUUCGAUAUGGAAGUGAUGGAGUAAUGGUUAUUGCAAAUGGGCAGGUAUACCGUGCCGACAUGGUUUUAUGUACAGUACCUUUGGGUGUCCUUAAGAGAGGGUCAGUUGAGUUUGUUCCUGAGCUUCCACAGCCGAAGAAAGAAGCAAUUCAGAGACUAGGUUACGGUUUACUGAAUAAGGUUGCAAUGUUGUUUCCUUAUGAUUUUUGGGGUGGCGAAAUUGAUAGCUUUGGGCAUUUGACUAAAGACUCGAGUAUGCGAGGGGAGUUUUUUCUGUUCUAUAGCUAUUCAUCUGUUUCGGGAGGGCCACUUUUGGUAGCUUUAGUUGCAGGUGAAUCUGCUACCAAAUUUGAAACACUGUCUCCUGUUGAUGCAGUGGGUAGGGUUUUAAAUAUACUGAAAGGGAUUUUUGCUCCGAAAGGGAUUAUAGUUCCUAAUCCAGUUCAAGUAAUUUGUACUCGUUGGGGUAAUGAUAGGUUUUCGCAUGGCUCUUACUCAUAUGUUUCAACUGGGGCUUCUGGGGAUGAUUAUGAUGUUCUUGCAGAGAGUGUUGGGGACGGUAGAGUAUUUUUUGCUGGUGAGGCGACUAAUAAAAGGUAUCCAGCAACGAUGCAUGGAGCUUUCCUCAGUGGAUUAAGAGAGGCUGCUAAUAUAUUGAGAGUGGCUAACAGAAGGUCAGCAGUUCCUUCUGAGAAAACAGAAAAUGUUGCACCAAAAAAGGAGGAGGUGAGAGAGGAAUGUGAUGAUUUGGAUGUUCUGUUUAAUACUCCUGAUUUGUUGUUUGGUAGUUUUGCGAUUCUGUUUGAUCCUAGAUCAGGUGAUCUUGAUUCUUUGGCACUGUUGCGAGUGGGGUUCGGUGGGGAGAAAUUGUUAUCUAAGUCGCUAUUUCUAUAUGGCUUGAUUCCAAGGAAACAUGUCAUGGAGCUAAACGAGGUGGAUGGAGAUGGAAAUAGGGUCAGGAUGUUAAAUCAGAGAUUUGGGGUUAGAUUGCUUGGAAGGAAAAAUUUAGGCAAUACUGGAGAAUCUCUUAUUGCAUGCAUAAAAUCUGUUAGGAUGAAUGUGAACCUCAAUGCGGAAAAAGCGUAGUGAAGAUCAAGGUUUCAUGCAGAGUAGUAGCAGCUGAUCUGCACAUGGAUGAGGAAUGCCUGGACUUGAAUGCUGUCCUCUAUCAGUCAGCUGGCAUCAGAUAAUUGACAAGUGUUCUGAGAUAGUUGUGCUCACGUGCUGUUGGCUUUCGUUGGUGUAUCAUGUCACUAGAAGAAGCUGAAGCAGGUUACACCCCUCUUUAAGUAAAUGUAGUAUGAUGCACACACAUCCUUUAAUUUCACUCGAUAAAUUGCUACCCAUUGAGCACUGAAGUUUGAGCAUGCGAUACUGGGCUUGGAAAACUCUGCAUAUGACGCCUAACAGCAUGCAGUUCGAAUGAUAGCAAGUGCAGGCGAUAUUCCCACGUUGGAGGUUUUGAUAUUCUGAUGGUGAUAGCUAAAUUUCCCACUUACUAUAAGUCCUUGAAUCAAUCAAUUAUAAGGGGACCAAAAUGCCAGUAUAGAUGGAGAGGUCACAUACAGACAUACUCACAUGUAAUGCCACUUUUGAUUGUUGACAAGAAAGAGAUAGAAUGCAGAUUAAAGCAUUCAUAUUAGGUGUAACAGUAAUCCUGUAGAAACCUUAUCUUUAGUUUCAGCCAUCUUUCAGGAAUCAUGCGGUUUUAUUGUGUUUUCCUUUCAAACUUUGAUGAUGUUGCAGUCAUCUCAAGAUUGAGAAUCUGUGGUGACUAUAUGAGUUAACUCGCCGAAUUAUUGAUAUGGUGGGCUAGCAGCAUUGUUAAAUCAUCAAUUUGUAUACAGAUGACUUGUUUUUUGA